AUGGACAAAUACGGAGUUGCUCAUAUUCUGGCUGGACAGCGAUAUACCGUCUCAAUGUACAAAAUCCUGUUUCCCAACGACUACCAUAUUCCAUCGCCCUAUUUCCAGCGUGGUGGGCCGGUGGAGGGCCAAGAGUCAUGUAACUUGACGGACUUGAGAGAGCAUUUCGGCAGGGAAUUGCCACGACUUAUACGACCCCAGCUCGAAGAGUCUGUGGAUGCCACCAUUCGUGAGGCUCUUGGAAACGGAGUGCUAGAAGGAUUAGUGCACGAUAUUGUCACGCAAUUGUUUAGCACGUUUACCCAAAAGACACCAGAAAUGUCAGUGCCUGGAAUCGGCAAUACUGAAAGGGGUGUAGCACCCCUUACGGCAGAGAUAUUUCCGCAGCUUACACUGACGGGAAAUGAUGCGAUUGCAUCCCAUAAUGUACAGGCCUUCGGCACCGAACAGAACACCUCAACAAAUUGGGCCAUGUCAUGCGAGCCAGGGAUUGAACAGCCAGAGAGUAGUCGACGAGCAAGCCAGCACCACGAAAACAAUGUACAAAAGUGGCGAAUUGAAAACGGAUUUUCAACUGAGAUAGAUCCGGGGCCCUCCAGACAUCUCUCAGAGGAUUUCUCUUGCUUCUCGUCCACUACAACAAAUAACAUGACUGAAGUUGCCAGCUUGAGUGACUUGAUCGAUUUCGAAGACUUCGAUGACGAAAUUGCUGCAUGGCUCGGACAGCCUGACGAAGCAAGUAGUCGUGCGGACUCGGGAUAUUUCAGCUUACAGUCCGGCGGAAGCAUGGAAAAUGUGAGUCGGAAAGGAAAAGAGAAGGAAGUUGCGAAGGGGCCACACCAGUGA